AUGAGCAGCCAGCACCAGUACAUGUCGGCGAACAGUUCCUCUAGCUCAAGGGUUGGAGAUAUUGAACACAUAAGUCACUUAUCAGAGCACAUUGGGUCACUAUGCCUAUCGUCGGAGUACUCGGACGUGACCCUCAUAGUCGAGGGUGUUCGCAUACCAGCUCACAAAGUCAUUCUGGCCGCGAGUAGUGACUACUUUAGGGCUCUCUUGUAUGGUGGGAUGAGGGAAGCCAACCAGGCGGAAGUUGAGUUACAAGCACCUCUGUUGGCGUUCAAAGCGUUACUUCGCUAUGUUUAUUCUGGUCACAUGGGGCUGUCGCUGCUGCGCGAGGACACGGUGCUGGACAUGCUGGGGCUGGCGCACCAGUUCAACUUCCCGGAGCUGGAGGCCGCCGUCUCCGACUACCUGCGCCAGGUGCUGGCGCUGAGGAACGUCUGCGCCGUGCUCGAUGCGGCCAGGUUGUAUGGCCUAGACGCUUUGAUGGACUACUGCUACAACUUCCUAGACAGGAAUGCGGCUGAGGUACUCCAGCACGACACCUUCCUGCAACUUUCCGUUGAUGCGCUACAAGGCCUGUUAGAGCGUGAUUCUUUCUUCGCCCCUGAAGUGGACAUCUUCAAAGCAGUUUGCAACUGGUUCAACGCUAAUCAGCAAUGGGUCAAAUCUGAAAGUGGAAUGGCUCAAGUGGAGAAGAUCCUCAAAUGUGUCCGCCUCACCUUGAUGAGCCUGGAGGAACUGCUGACCGUCGUCCGGCCGUUCUCCCUCGUCACACCCGACAUGCUCCUCGACGCCAUACAGGAGAAAACGCAGACCAAGAGCACUGAUUUGAGGCACAGGGGACUUCUGGUGCCGGAAGAGAACGUGGCGACCCCGAAGCGCGGCGCGCGCGUGAUAUCCGGGGACAUGCGGUCCGCGCUGCUAGACGGCGACACCGACAACUACGACAUGGAGCGCGGCUACACGCGCCACAACAUCUCCGACGCGCCCGACAACCCCGGCAUCGUGGUGCGCCUCGCCACCACCACCAUCAUCAACCACAUCCGGAUGCUGCUGUGGGACCGCGACAACAGGUCGUACGCGUACUACAUCGAGGUGUCCGUGGACCAGAAGGACUGGGUGCGCGUGAUCGACCACAGCAACUACUACUGCCGCUCCUGGCAGAACCUCUACUUCGAGCCGCGCGUCGUGCAGUACAUCAAGGUUGUUGGUACCAGCAACACUGUUAAUAAGGUGUUCCACGCGGUGUCGCUGGAGGCCCUGCACACGGCCCGGGUGCCGCCGCUGUGCGACGGGCUGGUGAAGCCCACCCACAACGUGGCCACGCUCGACCUGUCCGCCGUCGUCAUUGAGGGCAUCAGCCGGUCCCGCAACGCGCUGCUGAACGGCGACACGGAGCACUACGACUGGGAGCAGGGCUACACGUGCCACCAGCUGGGCUCGGGCGCCAUCGUGGUGCAGCUGGCGCAGCCCUACCUGCUGGGCUCGCUGCGGCUGCUGCUGUGGGACUGCGACUACCGCCACUACUCCUACUACGUCGAGGUCUCGCUCAACUACUGGAACUGGGACAUGGUCGCCGACCGCACCCGUGACGCGUGCAGAUCGUGGCAAGUGAUCUACUUCCCGCCUCGGCCUGUCUCGAUCAUCCGCAUCGUUGGCACCAAUAACUCUGUUAACGAAGUAAGUGUAAUCUACUUGAUAUAAAUUAAUA